GGCGCUGCAUGCAAGACGUCAGAACAUGGCGUUUUUGUGGAAAAGAAAGUUGACGGAAUUGUGAGUGAAUUGCCUCAAGUUUUAGUGGUUUUUGUGGGGAAAAUGAGUGAAUUCUUCAAGUCAGCGAUAGGAUAUUUUAACACAGGAACAAAUGGGGGGCAUGAGAAUGAAUUUGUGGGGCAGGUGGUUGAAGUUGGAGCCCUAAAACUGCGAAUAAAACGAGUGAUUGCUGAAGGCGGAUUCGCAUUUGUGUACGUAGCCCAGGACGUUCAAUCUGGCGCAGAAUAUGCCCUGAAGAAGUUGAUUGGCGCCGACAAGGAGGCGUGCAACACAAUCAUCAAAGAGAUUAAUAUCCACAAACAGCUGUCCGGACAUCCGAAUAUCGUGACUUUCGUCUCGGCCUCCUUCAUCGAUCGCACUCAGAGUGCCCAGGGCAAUGCCGAGUACCUACUGGUCACUGAAUUGUGCAAAGGCGGUUCGCUGGUCGAUUGUUUGGGCAGUGCUCUAGAACCGCCCACAGUUCUUCGGGUGUUCUACCAGGCGGCCAGAGCUGUUAGUCAUCUCCAUUCGCAGCAUCCACCAAUAACACACAGAGACAUUAAGAUUGAGAACUUCCUGCUGGGUACAGAUGGAUUGCUCAAGCUGUGUGACUUCGGAUCGUCCACGACGGACAUUUACAGUCCGGAUAUGUCGUGGUCGGCACAGCAGAGAAAUAAUCUAGAGGAUCAGCUGGCAACAGUCACAACACCCAUGUACCGUUCCCCUGAGCAACUCGAUACUUGGGCCAAUUAUCAAAUUGGCCCGAAGUCCGAUGUCUGGGCUCUUGGGUGCAUUCUCUACUGCUUGUGCUUCCAGAAGCACCCAUUUGAAGAUUCCGCAAAACUAAGGAUCAUCAAUGCCAACUACACCCUUCCAGGUGAUUCACGAUACUCCUGUUUCCACGAUGUCAUCAAGGGAUGUCUACAGGUGGAUCCCAACAAGAGAUUUGACAUCUCGACUGUUCUUGAGAGAUUAGCAGCAAUUUCUGAGACUAGAGAAUGGUCCCUUAAGGGUCCAAUAGGACUUCAAGGGAAACCCCUCAAUACGCCCCCUAGCGAAACUCCCAAUCCAAGUCCAGUUCAUGCCCCUAGUCGUCCAGCUCAACCUCCCCGUCCAGUUCCUCCAAAUGCCUCUCCCUUGCCUACUCAUAGACCUGCUCCUCCGCGUCCUAGUGAAGCUCCCCGACAACCACCUCAGAUGGCAGGUGGUCCAGGUAAUGCUGUCCCAAUGGAUCAGUACCAACAUCACGGUGGUGGGUUGUUUUCGUCCCUACGAGGGGGCGCUGGGAGUUUCUUGAAGAAUUUGAAGGAUACGUCGUCUAAGGUGAUGCAGACGAUGCAACAGACAAUUGCACGCACAGAUCUGGAUAUUAGCUAUGUCACUUCGAGAAUUGUAGUGAUGCCAUGUCCUUCUGAGGGCUUGGAAUCGGCCUACAAGACUAACAACAUUGACGAUGUGAAGUUAUACUUGGAAAGUCGACAUUCACUCGCCAAAAUGAGCAUCUACAAUUUGGGUCCGAGAUCGUGUCCAAGGCUUCCGCCUCCUGUUAGAACGGUUGAAUGUAGUUUUAUGUAUGUCCCUGGUCCACCUAAAGCACCCCUUCUGCAUGCCAUGUAUUCAAUAGCUGAGGAUAUGUAUGGAUUCCUAAGUGCUGAUCCCAAGAGUAUUGUAAUAGUUCAGAGUGCAGAUAGUGGAAAGGCAACGGCUGCAACAAUGGUAGGGGGCUUGUUGAUCUAUGCGAGUUUGGUUAAGGAACCAGAAGAUGCUAUGCAGAUAUUUGCCGUUAAGAGAACUCCUCCCAAUAUGAGAGCUUCUGAAUUGAGGUAUUUGUACUACUUGGGGGAUAUCUUACGAUCAACUCCGCACUUUCCACACUUCAAACCCGUAACGUUGGUGUCGUUGACGGUUUCGCCUGUUCCGAGGAUGACAAAAGCUAGAGAUGGGUGUAGGAUGUAUUUGGAAGUCACCUGUCAUGAUCGCAUUGUCUUCUCGACGAUUCAGGAGUAUGAAAAGAUGCGACUGUAUCAUGCAACGGAGGGCAAAGUAUCCAUUCCUUUGAAUGUAACAGUUUGCGGAGACAUCACAGUUUCGGUUCUCCAUGCUAGGAACGCCCUUAAGGGUAUAGGACGUCCACAGGGCCUCAAAGUUUGUCAGUUUCAGUUGCAUACGGGAUUCAUUCCGGAAGAAGAAACACUCAUUCACUUCGACAAGUCCGAAUUGGAUGAUGUACCAGACGCAGAGCACGUUCCAAUGAAGUUUCAUGUGUCUCUGAGUAUCUUUGUGGGAGAUGUCGAGAGAAUGCCACAAAUAACCCUACCAUGGAUGACGACGAAACCGCCGAGAGAUCCACUGAAUCUCUUCAGUACACCUCUGGAAUAUGAAGAGACUGUGGAUAAUUUUAUCUCUAAACCUAGUAGUCAUGCACCUCCACGUCCGGCUCCGCCUUCAGCUCAUGUACCUCCACCUAGGCCCCCUCCUCUGUCGUCUGAUCGCCCCGAUCGUCCUCCUGAACGUCCCGAACGACCCCAAACUACUCCACCCGAAAGUGAAACCAAGGACGACCAAAAGGAUUCCGAUGCACUAAAAAAUGUCGACCUCCUCAAUCUAGCCAGGAAUGAACGAAGGGAAAGUGUCGAAGAGCCUAGGAAACUUCCUCAAGAGCCGAGUUUUGAUCUUCUGGGAAGUUUUGAGGCUCACGAUCAGGACGAAAGUGAUCUCCUAGGACAGACAAAUGGUAUGAAAAAUCCCAUUCCGGACCUACUAGGCAACACUCCAAAUGCCAAUCCCAAUGGAUUGGACGAUUUAUUCGGAUCAAUUAAGGCAACAUCACAGAGUUCUAGUCAAAUGCCAGGAGAUUUGAAUGGAUUGAACUUGAGUUUCAAUGCAAAUUUCCCACAAGGACCACCACCGCAGCCGGCAAAUGGCGGUGGAACCUUUGAUCCCUUUGCUGGGAACUUUACAGCCCCAACUGCACCACUUCAGCCCAAUAAUUCUGCCCCGGCAAAGGAGACCCAGCCAGCACCGCCACAGAAACCAGAUCCAUUCUCGGAUCUGGGCAAUUUGGCCAGUGGAUUGAAUGUCAAUUGGGGCGGUGGAAAAACUAGUGCAACUCCCAGUCCAAGGUCUACACAAUUCUCCAGUCCGACGCAUCAAUUUGCAGCAACUCCCUCACCAAGAGCUCCAUCGACUCCUAGUCAUCAGGCAGCCAAGAGUCCGGGAGAGUCAAAGCCAGACUACAGCCGGUCGCACUUUGCAGAACCCAAUGCCAAUGCAGCUGGACAGAAGGGGGGCAAAAACAAUGCAGGCAGCGGGGAUAUAUUUGCAGAUAUUCUAGGAAGUCAGGGGUAUACAUUUGGCAGCAAAAACUCCCAAGGGCCACGAUCUAUCAACGAAAUGCGCAAAGAGGAAAUUGCCAGAGAUAUGGAUCCGGACAAAUUAAAGAUUAUGGAAUGGACGGAAGGAAAGAAGAGCAACAUCCGGGCUCUCUUGUGCUCGAUGCACGUAGUCCUCUGGCCAGAUGCAAAGUGGAACAAGUGUGAGAUGCACCAACUCGUAAGUGCGGCAGAUGUUAAGAAGGCUUACAGGAAAGCAUGUUUAGCCGUUCAUCCUGACAAGCAAAUGGGAACAGACAAUGAGAAGAUAGCAAAGAUGAUCUUCAUGGAGUUGAAUAAUGCAUGGAGCGACUUUGAGAAUGACGCAUCUCAGCAAAAUAUGUUCCCAAAUUGAGAUGAAUAGAGAAAAAAAAAUUAAAUUGGGAUAGAAGUAAUUAACAGAGAAGAGAAAGAAUUGGCUUGAAACCCUUUUGCCACGAAUAGUUUAUUAUUUUUCAAGUCAGUCAUUUUAGAACAAUAAUUUCUCUGCGCGCCUUUAUUUUUUAUUUUCAAAAUAAUUGGAAAUGUAUAUUUUCUGAGAUUAGGCAAUUUUUUUUUAAUUUAAUCAAUCACACAAGUAGUUUAAUCCUGUAUGAAAAAAAGUAUAAUUUAUAAACGAUAGGAUUGACUGUGAUGAAAUGUUAAUUAUAUAGACAUGCAAGGAAAAAAAGCCGUAAAACGAGGAAGAAGUGAAAGGAAAUGCAUUUAGGAGUGAAAUGCAAGUUGUACUCUUAUUUAGGAAUAUUACUAUGUUUCUUCCCCUCUUCUAUUAAAUAUAAAUGCUAAAAGUAUGUGAAGAACAAGGAAAUGAGAAGGAAAGACGAAAAAAUCAAACAAUAAAUUCACAAUAUGCAUUCCAAAUUGUAUUUUUCAAUUCAAUUGGAUUAUUUAAUUCUCGGCACUUUUAAUUGACACAUCAAAAAGAAGUACUUAAAGUAUUUGACUGACUAUUACAAUGAGGAUUUUAGGAUUAUAUAAAAUAUUAUAUAUAAAAUUAUUUUACUGCAAUUGGAGAGUAUUUUAUCAGAGAGUUCUUUCAAUGCAAAAAAAUUCCACAAAAUUUCAAUUCGCGAAGAAUUUUCGCAAAACAGCAAAUGUUAUGCUUCAUCCAUGAAAAUUGUUGAAAAUUGAUAUACAAAAAAAAAUAUUGAAUUAAAGCAAGAAAAAAAUAAUUGGGUUAAUGACAAAAUAAUAUAUUGAGAAUAAUAAAAUGUGUUAUAUCGAUUCUAUGAA